AUGAAAGGAAAAGUAAUUUAUUUUUUUUAUUUUUUCCCCUUCUUUCUAGCCUCACUAAAUUAUGUAUCAUCUAGGAAUCAAAAUCCCCCUAUACCAUUGAACGAAACACUGAAUGAAAACCAGAAUGAAAGUCAACAUGGCAAUCAGAAAAAUCAAGAUGUAGAUGUAUUAGAAACAUUAACAAAAAACAUUACUACAGAUGAGUUCAAUUCCUUUAAUAAUAGCGAUGAGAAAGAACAAAAAGGAAAAGAAACUAUGAAGAUAUACAAAGGUGAAAGUGAGGCAAAAGAAGAAACUAACGAGGAGCCAGAAAAAAAAGAAAAAUUUUUGGAAAAUGUUGACAGUGUAUUAAAACAUAACAGUAAUGUAUUUCUGGGAAAAAAUGCAAAAGGAGUUAGUACUGAAGUGAUAGCUUCAGAUGUUAAUAGUACAGAUGGAACAGUAACAAGCCCUAGUGUAAAAUUAUCGAAAGGAGUUGAUGAAGUUCCUGCUUCUGCAGGCCCUGCAGAUAAGCAAGUACGGCAAGAUAACCCUGGGAACGAUAACGCUGGUAAUGAUAACCCUGGUAAUGAUAACCCUGGUAACGAUAACACUGAUAAGGAUAACCCUGGUGAAAAAGGAGAUACAGAAGGAAAACCAGAAGAAAGCAGUUUAACUGUACCCGACCAGUCACCACCAAUUCAACCACAAGACAGUACUUCUGAAACAUUAGACAGUGCUGCUUUAAGAAAUAAUCAAAUCGAAGGUAAUGGACCGCGUAGUACAGUGUCAAGAGAACCCCAAGUAAGACACGCAGAUCCUACUGCAGCUACUGUAAAUUCCGCACCCUCACCAAAUAGUGGAAUAGAAAUUUCAAAUGGUAGCACAUCUACACAUAACAGUACAAUAAACACAAUCAAACAUUUAGAUAGACUGUAUGAUGAAAUCCUUGCUGGAACAGAAAUGACACAACGGGUACGUCAUAGUCAUAGAAUGAGUGAGCGUAACCAUAAUAGUAGUAAUAAUAUUAAUACUAAAUAUGAGCAAUUUAAAAAAGAAUUUAAUGAAUAUAUUAUGAAUGAAAAGGAGUAUGAAAUGAUGAAGAAUCUUAUUGACACUGUUUUUUCUAAAGGUAAGGUAGGGACUGAGAAAAAAAAUGCACUACAUGAACUGUUUAAGAAUGCAUUAGAAAAUGAUAAUUUUAAAGAACAGUUCAAAAAUGUUAUGUAUGGUAUUUAUAGUUUUACUAAACGGCACAGUUAUCUAAGAGGUGAUGUAACAACAAACAAUGAAUUUUACGAUAAAUUUUAUGACAAUGCGGUUAGUCUACUAGACACAUUGCUAAUUAAGUGA